UUCGCGUUUGGUCUGAGCUCUCGCGAGAGUCGAGAAGUGGCUUGUGUUCGGCCUGCUUGGCCGCCAUCUUGUUUCUUCGCAAGCGAGAAAGAGAGCGGAGUCUUGUUCGUUUUCGGAAUGUUUCUGACAAUAACACUGCUUCGAAAUAAAAUUCCCGGGAGGCAAUGGGUUGGUAAACACAGAAGACCAAGAUUUGUUUCUGUUCACACGAAGAACAGAAUGAUCCGGAGGCUGGAAAUCGAAGCUGAAAAUGAAUAUUGGUUGAGCCGACCAUAUAUGACAAAAGAACAAGAGUAUUGUCACAACCGAGAAGGUAGGCAAGCAUAUUUUAAGGAGCUUGUGGCUGCAGCAAAAUCCAAGUUUCCUGAACACAAGUAUGCUGCUGAACAUCUGGACCAUCUUAAUGUGACCAAGAAAUGGACAUGUUCAUGAAGGACAUAACGCAAGCAUUCAGGUGGACUGUUUGGGGCCAGUGACUGGACUAUUUAUAUUUGCUGAAAGUGGCAAUACCCAGUUGUAGUGUGGCCUAUAAAUAAAUGUUUUGCUCUCCA